AUGCCCAAAUUACAACAGCAACAGCUGCCGCUAACGCCUCCACCAUCUACCAUAAAGGUACCAUCCACUUCUGCCACCCUCUAUGACUUAAAUUCAAUAGACAUAAAGCCAAAGAGGCUUAUAACUCAAUUGAAGAAAUUAUCACCAAGAAAACCACCAUUAAGAUAUCGUCCCAUUGAAAAUACAAUACUCUCAUUGCGAGAUUAUCAGGAUGGUCUCAUAAAACCUUCAAAUAAAGAAUUAAAAUUUUUGCAAUAUGCAUUGACACAUUGCCAAAGAAUAGUUGUCAUUGCUGGGGCUGGUAUCUCAACUCAUGCAGGGAUACCUGAUUUCAGAUCAUCUUCCAAAUCAAGUCUUUUGAUGAACAACUCUACAAAAUCAUUAUUCGAUUAUAAUUAUGUUUAUUCGGAUAAUGAAACCACUUUACGUUUCAAUACAUUGAUGAACAAAUUGAAUAAGAUGUCAAGAGAGGCCUCCCCCACUAAAUUCCAUACUUUUCUCAAUGAAUUAGCUUCUCAAGGUAGACUAUUGAGAUCAUAUACUCAAAAUAUUGAUGGAUUGGAGAAUAAAUUGGAUGAUCUGAGGGAAAAAACGAUUCAAUUGCAUGGAGAUGUCAAUUUGAUGAGUUGCACGUUAUGUCAUAAGACAUCGCCUUAUGACUCUACUUUAUUUAAAUCGAAUACUUCACAAAAUGGUUCUCUGGUACCUGACUGCACCCAUUGCAUGGAAAUGCAAAAUAUGAGACGAGAAGCCGGGCUAAGGAAUCGAAGUAUUGGAAAAUUAAGACCAAAAGUUAUAUUAUAUAACGAAUUACAUCCAGAUGGUGAAGAAAUCGCCAAAUGGAAUAGAUUGGAUGUAAAGAAAGUUCCUGAUUGUCUAAUCAUCGUUGGUACUACAUUGAGAAUUCCAGGUGUCAUUAAUAUGGUGAAAGCCUUUGCUGAGAAAGUCCGUUCAAGGAAAAAUGGAAUUAUAUUGCUAAUUACAAACGAGCCUCCUUCACAAAGAAUCUUGAAGCUUAUUGGGAACACCGAUUUGGUCGUCCUGGGUGAUUGCCAAGAACUUCCGAAUUUAAUCCAAUGGAAAAUCUAA